GGCGCGUGCGGGGUGCGGGGUGCGGGCGCGGCGCGGGUGGUGGCGGGCGGCGCGGCUCCGGGCCCGGGCGGCGGCGGCGGCAUGGCGGAGAGCGAGGCGGAGACCCCCAGCACCCCGGGCGAGUUCGAGAGCAAGUACUUCGAGUUCCAUGGCGUGCGCCUGCCGCCCUUCUGCCGCGGAAAGAUGGAGGAGAUCGCCAACUUCCCGGUGCGGCCCAGCGACGUGUGGAUCGUCACCUACCCCAAGUCCGGCACCAGCUUGCUGCAGGAGGUGGUCUACCUGGUGAGCCAGGGCGCCGACCCCGACGAGAUCGGCCUGAUGAACAUUGACGAGCAGCUCCCAGUCCUGGAGUACCCGCAGCCGGGCCUGGAUAUCAUCAAGGAGCUGACGUCUCCCCGCCUCAUCAAAAGCCACCUCCCCUACCGCUUCCUGCCCUCGGAUCUGCACAACGGCGAUUCCAAGGUCAUAUACAUGGCUCGGAACCCCAAGGACCUGGUGGUGUCCUAUUACCAGUUCCACCGCUCCCUGCGCACCAUGAGCUACCGAGGCACCUUCCAGGAGUUCUGCCGGCGGUUCAUGAACGACAAGUUGGGCUACGGCUCCUGGUUCGAGCACGUGCAGGAGUUCUGGGAGCACCGCGCGGACGCCAACGUGCUGUUCCUCAAGUACGAAGACAUGCACCGGGACCUGGUGACGAUGGUGGAGCAGCUGGCCAGGUUCCUGGGGGUGUCCUGCGACAAGGCCCAGCUGGAGUCCCUGAUCGAGCACUGCCACCAGCUGGUGGACCAGUGCUGCAACGCUGAGGCCCUGCCCGUGGGCCGGGGCCGAGUCGGGCUGUGGAAGGACAUCUUCACCGUGUCCAUGAACGAGAAGUUCGACCUGGUGUACAAGCAGAAGAUGGGGAAGUGCGACCUCACGUUCGACUUCUACUUAUAAUCACAGCAACGGCGACCCUGCAUGCUCAGCCCCCAGACACUCCUAGCUACGAGCCCCGUAGGCUCGCGCUCGUCACCCGCUGGACAGGCCCCGGGAGCAGUGUGGACGCGGGCGGGAGCCCCGAGGGGCGGGGGAGGCGGGCUCGCCUGCGGCCGGGGCGGCCGCUGGAGUGUGAGGCCGGCGCGUCUGAUCACCGACGCCGUCAAGGCCGCUGUUCCGGCGGCCGGUCCCACAAGUGCAAGCCUGUCACGAGCAGCCAGAGCGCCUGCCCUUCGCGGCCCCACAGCAUCUAUUGUAUUUUAUAGAGCUUUUCACUGGAAACCUAAAUAAACGUCAGUGUAAACCAAAUAAAAGUUCAUUUCCGCAGGGACGCGGGAGCGAGCCACUCCCCGGUGGUAGGAAGACCUCAGGGCGGACUCUGUCUUUCUGCAGCUCCUGGGAGGCAUCG